GACGCCAUUUUUGUUCGGAUCAUCGGCCACGUCUUAACUUCAUAGCCGAGGUUUCUUGUUUAGAUCUAAUACUGGAUUUUAUUCGUUGAAUUUAAUAAUAUAUAUUACAGUGAAUAUUCCUUAAACAUCUAAAAUGCCUCUAAGGUUAGAUAUUAAAAGAAAAUUGACCGCCAGAUCAGAUAGAGUUAAAUGUGUAGAUCUGCAUCCAAAAGAACCAUGGAUGCUGUGUUCCUUAUAUCAAGGCAAUGUUAACAUUUGGAAUCAUGAAACUCAAACACUUGUUAAGACUUUUGAAGUAUGCGACUUGCCAGUUCGAGCAGCAAAAUUUGUACCUCGCAAGAAUUGGGUUGUCACAGGAUCUGAUGAUAUGCAGAUUAGAGUAUUCAAUUAUAAUACUUUAGAGCGUGUACAUUCUUUUGAAGCUCAUAGUGAUUAUGUCAGAUGCAUAGCAGUACAUCCUACUCAACCAUUUAUUUUAACCAGUAGCGAUGAUAUGUCAAUUAAAUUAUGGAAUUGGGAAAAAUCUUGGAUCAGUCAACAAAUCUUUGAAGGACAUACGCAUUAUGUCAUGCAAAUUGUGUUUAAUCCGAAAGAUAAUAAUACUUUUGCCAGUGCAUCCUUAGACAGAACAGUAAAGGUAUGGCAAUUAGGAUCAUCCACUGCUAAUUUCACACUUGAGGGUCAUGAGAAAGGUGUCAAUUGUGUGGAUUAUUAUCACGGUGGAGAUAAACCUUACUUAAUAUCAGGAGCGGAUGACAAAUAUGUCAAAAUUUGGGAUUACCAAAAUAAAACUUGCGUUCAGACAUUGGAAGGCCAUACACAAAAUAUCUCCGCAGUCUGUUUCCAUCCAGAAUUACCUAUAGUUCUAACCGGUUCUGAAGAUGGUACGGUUAGAAUAUGGCAUGCUGGAACGUACAGACUAGAAUCUUCUCUCAAUUAUGGAUUUGAAAGAGUUUGGACUAUUGCUUGCAUGCGAGGCUCAAAUAACGUAGCUAUAGGUUAUGAUGAAGGAAGCGUCAUGGUAAAAGUUGGUAGAGAAGAACCAGCUGUUUCUAUGGAUUCCUUAGGUGGAAAAAUAGUAUGGGCUAAACACAGUGAAAUCCAACAAGUAAAUCUAAAGGCAUUAGGAGAAGAAGCUCAGGAUGGUGAACGAUUACCACUAGCUGUCAAAGAUAUGGGUGCUUGUGAAAUCUAUCCUCAAACUAUUCAGCACAAUCCAAACGGAAGAUUUUUAGUAGUUUGUGGAGAUGGAGAAUAUAUAAUUUAUACUUCUAUGGCAUUAAGAAAUAAAGCUUUUGGACAAGCAUCAGAAUUUGUUUGGGCAGCUGAUUCCAGUCAGUAUGCUGUUAGGGAAAGUACUACGUCUGUAAAGGUCUUCAAAAAUUUCAAAGAGAAGAAAAGUUUUAAACCAGACUUUGGUGCAGAUGGCAUAUUUGGAGGGUAUUUACUUGGUGUAUCAUCUGGAUCUGGCCUAUCCUUCUUUGAUUGGGAUACAUUAAAAUUAAUUCGACGUAUAGAUAUUCAGCCUACGCAUGUUUAUUGGGCUGAAAAUGCUUCUCUUUUGGCAUUAGCUACCUCAGAUCAAUAUUUCAUUUUAAAGUAUCAUGCUGAUGCUAUCGCUAAUGCAGCUGAGAAUGCAGAGGAUAUAGAAGAUGCAUUUGAGAUGGUAGCAGAAAUGACAGAAGUAGUAAAAACAGGUCUUUGGGUUGGCGAUUGUUUCAUCUAUACGAAUAGUGUUAAUAGAAUAAACUACUUUGUUGGUGGAGAAGUAGUUACAGUUUUUCAUCUAGAUAGGCCAAUGUAUUUACUUGGUUAUGUACCAAGAGACAAUAGAUUGUAUUUAUGCGAUAAAGAACUCUCCGUUGUUUCUUAUUCUUUAUUACUAUCUGUAUUAGAAUAUCAAACAGCUGUUAUGCGAAAAGAUUUUGAAACUGCUGACAGAGUAUUACCAACUGUACCGAAAGAACAUCGUACAAGAGUAGCUCACUUCUUAGAAAAACAGGGAUUCAAAGAACAAGCAUUGGCUGUUUCAACUGAUCCAGAUCACAGGUUUGAAUUAGCAUUGGCUUUGGGAGAUUUGACAACAGCACAUUCACUUGCUAAAGAAGCAAAUAGUCAACAAAAGUGGCGACAAUUAGCAUCUUUAGCAACGCAAAAAGGAAAAUUAUGCUUGGCUCAAGAAUGUCUACAUCAGGCUCAAGACUUUGGUGGUUUACUCCUGUUAGCAACUAGCACUGGAAAUGCAAGCAUGAUUCAAAAACUUGGCGCUGAUGCUGAUGAAAUGGGCAAAAACAAUAUCUCUUUCCUAUCGAAUUUCAUACUCGGAGAUAUUGACAAAUGUAUUGAAAUUCUGUUGAAGACGAACAAAAUCCCCGAAGCCGCUUUCUUUGCUAGAACUUAUGCGCCAAGUAAGAUAUCAUCUAUUGUUCAAUUGUGGAAAGAAAAAUUAUCAGCGGUUAGCGAAAAAGCUGGACAGAGUUUAGCUGAUCCAGAACAAUAUGAAAAUCUGUUUCCCGGAUAUAGAGAAGCACUGAAAGUUGAACAAUUUUUAAGAGAAGAGAACAAAAGGAAAAUUCCUGCAUCUAUGUUCCCAACGAUACAGCCCAACAUUGACCGUAAACCUAUAGAAGAAAUGUUGGCAGCUGAAGCAGCAGGAAAAUUCAGUUAUGCUAUUAGUCCUAGUACCAGUACCAGUACCGUAGAACCUGAGACUAUGCAAUCACAGGAAGCUUUACUCAGACUACAGAAUCUUGAGAUUACAGGAAAAUCGAGUUUAUCGAAAAGUACAGUUUCAGAAAAGGUGAUCAAAACAAGCAGUUCCAGGCCAUUAACUGUCGACGAUGAUGAUCUUGAUCUUGAUCUCGAACUCGAUGAUACGAUCGAUACUACUACGAAUCCAAUUAAAAAGGUGUGAAUUUGGAAGAUGACGAUCUUUUGGAAGAGGAUUAGCCGAUAGAUAAAAAAACGUUAAACGUAUCUGUUACACAAGCGACAAUUUCAUUCCCCUUCCAUCAGUCAUUCCCCAAAGAAUCUACGAGAUUUCUUUAGAAACAAGUAUUACAACAAAAAUCUAUUGACUUUAUAUUGAAAUCGCAUCAAUUUCAAAAUUUAAAUAACGCAAGACUGCGAUUGCUUAAUAAUACAUACUUAUAAUUUUAUAUAUAUAUAUAUAAAUAGAUAUAUAUAUAAACAUAUGGUAUAUCGAAUUUUAAAUGUAUUGUUAAUGUAAGGAGAAGUACAAUUAAUUGUACAGCAAAUUCGAUCGUGUUUCUCUUUUUGUACUAACAAUCUAAACUUCAUAUAAAACGGAUAUUUAAAAUGGAUCCGAAGUAAAAUGAAGCCAAUUGGAAAUACACGAUAAAAAGAAGAAAGAAAAGUUACAUAAUAAAAUAUCAUAUCUCUUUUGAAAGAGACUUAUAUAAAGAAAAUUAAUUUUAAAGUUACUUUUAUAUAGGAAAUAAAUGGAUUCAUAGUUAUAUGAAAUUAUGUAAAACAAGAGGAUUAAAUCUGGAUGAUUAUGAAUCGAAAAUACAUAAUUCGAUUUACAUAUAUUAACGUAGAUUAAAUUCUAUAAUAUCGUAAUUUCGUAUUUAUUUAUUUUCGAUAUUUCGAUUAUCAAGAUAGCGUCCUUAAAAAACACGUUUACACGUGAAUGCCAGAUCAAGAAGGUCGUUGUACAAAUAUAUAUUUCGUUAUUCAUAUUAAUUUCGAAAUUUUUAUUUAUAACAUGCGAUAAUCAUGCAAUAAUAUCGUUGUUCUCAUUGUGUCAAACUCUUUUCUCCUGUUUUCUUUUUCUUUUUCUUUUUCUUUUUCUCUUUUUCUCUUUUUCUUUCGAAUUUGAACGUGACUCGAUUUUCGUGGCCUCCUUGCACAGAGAAACUAAGCCCCGAUGCACGCGUUACGUGUCGCGAGAAAAACAAAGAGGAACGUUUAGUACGAGUCGUACGUGCUCACCGACGACUUUUAAGAAAGAAGAAGGAGAAAGAGAAUAAGAGGAAAGAAGGAUCGAAGCACGCGUGUUCCGGUAAAAUAUAACGCCGUUUUUAAACCGUUUUGCCUGGUUUCAAUGGAAACGAGUAGGUGCAAGGAGUUACGUUUUCCAACGAAACAUAAACCAUAUGAUAAAUUUGGAUCGUCCAAAUGCAAUCUUUUCAAUAUACGUAUUUGACUAAUAAUAACUAUUCUAUGUUAACAGUA